AUGGAAGAGGUUCAAUUUUCUGAGGAAUUAUUCAGUACGCAGGAUGAAGCUAGCUUUGGAAAAGUAAAUUCAGUACCGGAGGUGGUUCCGGAAAAUCUUGUGGAAGAAACCAAUACACCGUCUUCGAGUGCACACACAAACGGCAACAAAGAAAGUGAAAGACGUGCCUCGGUCGAGACAGAAACUCCGGAUCUUGUUUUUUCAGAAGAUAUCGAUUUUGAAAACCACAGUGAAAAGGUGAUCGAUGUGCCUGAAAAGUCUGAAGACGAUGAACGAGAAGAAGAUCCUGUCGAAUUAAACGAAAUAGAUAAAAAUAUCGCCGAAAAGAAUGAUGUGGUAGAAGCGGAAGAUGUUGGUGUGUCCAAACCUAACGACGAUAAUGCUGCUGCAAAUUCGAAAGCCACUCCUGAAGAACGAUUGGCCACGUUUCCGUUUGCCCGCAUCAAGCAAAUAAUGAAAUUGGAUCCGGAUGUUGGAAUCGUAUCGGCAGAAGCAAUAUUCGUCGUUACCAAGGCGGCCGAAUUGUUUCUUCAAACGUUGGCCAAAGAUGCGAGCUCGCAUACACUUGCUUCGAAAAAGAAAACGAUGAGCAAAAGAGAUGUUGAAGUUGCGAUAGACAAUGUGGAUGCGCUGAUGUUUCUCGAGGGAAUGAUGAAUGUGUAG